AUGACAGACAUCACCAUCACCGGAUGGGUUACGCGGGACGUCCGCUUUCCCACGUCGCUCGACAAGACGGGAUCGGACGCAAUGAACGCUGCGGGCGACUACUCCUCAGCGUACUGCAUUCUCCAGACAGAUUCCGAGUACUCUGGCCACGGGAUGACCUUCACGAUUGGACGCGGAAACGACCUCGUGACGGCAGCCAUCAACUACGUGGCAGAACGGAUCCGUGGACGCACGCUGCAGUCGCUGGUGGCCAACUGGGGCCAGACGUGGCGACACCUAGUCAACGACAGCCAGCUGCGGUGGAUCGGGCCGGAGAAGGGGGUGAUCCACCUGGCGUUGGGGGCGGUGGUCAACGCGGUAUGGGACCUGUGGGCCAAGGUGCUGGGCAAGCCGGUGUGGCGGAUCGUGGCCGAGAUGACGCCAGAGGAGUUUGUGCGCUGCAUUGACUUCCGCUACAUCACGGACGCGCUGACGCCAGCCGAAGCGGUGGCGCUGCUGCAGGAGGCGCAGACGGGCAAGGCCGAGCGGAUGGUCGAGGCUGAGCGCAACCGGGCAGUGCCGGCUUACACGACAUCGGCCGGCUGGCUGGGCUACGGCGAGGACAAGAUGGAGUCGCUGCUGCGCGAAACACUCGCCCACGGCUACCGGCACUUCAAGAUCAAGGUGGGCGGCAGCGUGGAGACGGACCGGCGACGGCUGGCGAUUGCACGGCGAGUGAUCGGCUACGAUGCCGACAACGUGCUCAUGGUGGACGCAAACCAGGUGUGGUCGGUGCCGGAGGCGAUCGAGUACAUGACGCAGCUGAGCGAGUUUCGGCCGUGGUUCAUCGAGGAGCCGACGUCGCCCGACGACGUGCUCGGCCACAAGGCGGUGCGCGAGGCUCUGCGGCCGUUUGGCAUCGGCGUGGCCACGGGUGAGAUGUGCCAAAACCGGGUCGUGUUUAAGCAGCUGCUGAUGGCCGGCGCCAUCGAUGUCUGCCAGAUCGAUGCCUGUCGCAUGGGCGGCGUCAACGAGGUGCUUGCCGUCCUGCUCAUGGCCAAGAAGUUUGGCGUCCCCAUCGUGCCACAUUCGGGCGGCGUCGGCCUGCCCGAGUACACCCAGCACCUCAGCACGAUCGACUACGUGGCCGUCAGCGGCAAGCUGUCCGUGCUCGAGUACGUCGACCACCUGCACGAGCACUUUCUGCAUCCAGCCGUCAUCCGUGACGGCUACUACACCACUCCGACCGAGGCCGGCUACAGCGUCGAGAUGAAGUCCGAGAGCAUGGACCGCUUCGAGUUUCCUGGCAAGCCCGGCGUCAGCUGGUGGCAGUCCGAUGAAGCCCGGACCAUUCUGGACGGCGACAAGAUUUAG